GAGUUCAUAUUCUAGCAGGGAAAGUAAGAGUGAAAUUCUGUUAUUGCACAAAGAUUCAUUCAUUCACAUGAUCGUGUAGUGUUUGGACUGAGAUUUCAGAGCAGAAUAAAUUUAAGCUCUCUUUACCUUUUCGCAGAUUUCAAAGCCACCUCUCUCUCUCUCUCUCUCUCUCUCUCUACCCACCAAACCGACUAAAAUAUUAAAAUAUACAGCAAGAAUAUUUGGUAUUUUUAUAUUUUAAUAUUUUACUCCAUAGUUAGCUCCGUAGAAUGCAGUGAUCUUAUUGUUUUUGGCUCUGUGAUUGUGAUUUGCUUUAUUUGUUUAAAUCCUACGAGAUCUUGGUUUUUUCACCUUUUGACAUAGAGAAAGAGUCGUAAAAAGACAACCUUUUUUAUAUUUCUUGUGAAACUCUCUUCCUUUUUGAUCUUCAUCUUCACGGAUUGGUUGUAUUCAGAUAGUUUUGUGUGAUUUUGACAUACCCUUUAGACCCUUUAGGAUCUUAAGUUUGAAAAAUAUUUGUUUUAGGCAUCAUGAUUUGUACCGUGAAGCAAUCUGCUAUAGCUCCCAUGAUCAAUGGAUCUGACACGAUUUUUCGUAGAAAAAGUCCAUUAACGGUGCAGAGAUCUUUGUGUCUUCCAUCAAUAACAGUCCAGAAGAACUCAAAACCCAUUCUCUGUGUGUCAAAACCUCUACAUGUCUCCUCGAUUGAGUCAUUUUCAGUAUCAAAACCCCAAAAGGAAUCCUUGAUCACAUGCAAGGCCUAUGAGGCAGACCGUUCGCAGCCAAUACAGGCUGAAGGGACAAAAUCAGAGGUAGCGAGGAAGGUCAAGAUUGGGAUUUACUUUGCAACAUGGUGGGCUUUGAAUGUGGUGUUCAAUAUAUACAACAAGAAGGUGUUGAAUGCGUUUCCAUAUCCGUGGCUGACCUCUACACUUUCUCUAGCUUGUGGGUCUCUCAUCAUGCUAGUUUCCUGGGCUACAAGGAUCGCCGAGGCACCUAAAACUGAUUAUGAGUUUUGGAAGACUCUGUUCCCUGUUGCUCUGGCACAUACAAUUGGGCAUGUAGCUGCAACAGUGAGCAUGUCCAAGGUUGCCGUUUCAUUUACCCAUAUCAUUAAGAGUGGCGAGCCUGCUUUCAGUGUCUUGGUUUCAAGGUUCCUCUUGGGUGAGGCGUUCCCUGCAGGGGUUUACAUGUCCCUUAUUCCAAUUAUUGGUGGUUGUGCACUUGCUGCUGUUACUGAGCUCAACUUCAACAUGACUGGUUUUAUGGGAGCCAUGAUCUCCAACUUGGCAUUUGUUUUCCGGAACAUAUUUUCAAAGAAGGGCAUGAAAGGGAAAUCUGUUAGCGGAAUGAACUACUACGCAUGUCUCUCUUUGUUGUCUCUGUUGAUUCUUACACCUUUUGCUAUUGCUGUGGAGGGACCGCAGAUGUGGGCAGCAGGAUGGCAAACAGCUGUCUCUCAGAUUGGACCACAUUUUGUUUGGUGGGUGGUGGCCCAAAGCGUGUUCUAUCAUCUGUACAACCAGGUGUCAUACAUGUCCUUGGAUGAGAUCUCUCCCUUGACCUUUAGCAUUGGUAAUACCAUGAAACGUAUCUCUGUCAUAGUCUCUUCCAUUAUCAUUUUCCACACGCCUGUCCAGCCAGUGAAUGCUCUUGGAGCUGCCAUCGCAAUCCUUGGAACCUUCUUGUAUUCCCAGGCAAAGCAGUGAUGAUGCUUGGGGCGGGGAAUUAAGAUUCAUCAUGUAACAUAAAUGAUGAGAGACAUGAAGAAGGUUCAGCUUAGGGUUCAUAGUUGCUCUGUUUUGAAGAUGAAGGAUGGCUGGUUUUUGCUUGGAUGACCCAGCAGGCAUCUUACUGUAGAUAAUAAUAAUAAAAAAUUAAUAAUUGUGAUUAUGAGCAACAUUUGCUCUUAUAAAAUGUUUAUUACUGAGGUUUUUCAUACUUUAGUGAGGCUGAGGAGAAAAUGUUACAAUAAAACUUGGAUAAUGUCCAAAUCUUGUCUGUUUCAAAGACAAACAUUAACAACAUUUUGAAUACUAAGAAAUUCAUAUUUCCUUGCA